AUGGUCAGGAAUACCCCGCGAUCAGAGACGAGCGAAGGGGGACGACUGCCGCCGGGCGUCUCCACUACCGUCCCGAAAAUCUCUAUCACUCGCGCUCGAAUUCGUGGAGACUGCAGUUCGAACCGAUCCGAAAUUGAUACGACGAGAAGGUCGUUUCGGUCGACGGACACGUGCGCCUCCCGCGAGUUCCAACGCGCGACUGCCCGACCAAGCGCCGGCCGCGUAGCCCGUAGGCCGCAGCUCGUAGCGGACGGCGACGUGCGCUACGACCGCUACGGGUGGCGCGCGCAAACAUGUUUUCGUUCGACAUCGAGGAGGAAAAUACGCGCUCGGAUGAUCACACCGAUUUGGUAUCAACCGCGGAAAACGCGUGAGUCGGAAGACUAUCGAGAUAUCGCUCUCGGAAAGAGAUUGUCUUUUAUUAUUAGAGAACACGCUUCACACCGCGCGGCUUACAUAUAUUUUAAGGGGCACUCACAACAUCAUAUCAAAAUAAUAUUACAACCGCGCGGCCGCGCGCUGACAUAA